AUGGCUCCCCCACGAGGCGGUCGGUCGAUGAGAGGCCGUCAGAGACGCGGAACAACAAGAAGAAGUAAUUUUGCUUCUUCACGCCUACAAGAGGUCGAGUCGGACGAUUCCUCCAGCGACGAUGCCUCCCAAGGUCACAGCAAAGAAAAUGCGAACGCCGAAGACGAUACAGUGAUGGAUGAUGCGUCGUCUAGCAGUGACGAAGAGGAAGGAAAUACCGGACGCCCCUACAACGAAUUGUUGGAACUACUGCAAGCCAACUCGGACUCGAAAGGACCAGCUCGCAAGAAGAGAAAGCUUGCCAGCGACACCAAGACGGAGGAACAUUCUAGUACAGUCGCAGUGGAGGAAGAUGGUGACCAAGGCGACAACGAUUUGCAGGAUCAGUUUCCAUCGGACGACGAAGCCGAGGCACAGGAAGCCGAGGAUUCAGACGAGGAUGACGACGCCGUGGGCUCUUUUGAGCAGCAUUUCAACCUCCCCGAUGACUCCCCUCUUUCGAAGAAGGUCCAAGCCAUUCAAUCCAGUAAAUGGGUUUCUGCCAAGAAGGAGCUGGACGGAUUGCGGAUGGUGCAGAGCGUUCCCGAUGCUGAAACAACUGCAUCACUGCUUCCAGCAAUGAAAAGCACUGCCAAUCUGAAGCUUAAAAACAAACUCAAGCCCCGCGCGGCAGAGCUUCUACCCAGUAUCACUGGUCCAGCUCAGCACAUUGCUCCCUAUGUAUUCGAUUACCAAGAUAUUCUCUACGGCGCACGGACGUCUUCCACUGCAGAUACCAUACGCGAUAUUAUGGCCCUUCACACUGUCAACCAUCUGGUCAAGACUCGAGACCAGGUGCUCAAAAACAACGCCCGCCUGGCUAAGGACCCUAACACCGACAUCGAGUGUCGUGAUCAAGGUUUCACCCGCCCUAAGGUUUUGUAUAUUUUGCCCACUCGCCAAGCCUGUGUGCGAGCUAUUCAGGCUAUCACCCGAUUUUACCAGGUGGAUCAACAGGAGAACAAGAAGCGAUUCCUUGAUACGUUUUCUGCGCCCGAGGACGAAGCUUGGGAGAACAAGACCGACGAUUUCCGCGAGCUGUUCGGCGGCAACGAUGAUGACAUGUUCCGCCUAGGACUGAAGUUCACCCGCAAGACAGUCAAAUACUUUGCGCAGUUCUACAGCUCAGACAUCAUUCUAGCCAGUCCGCUAGGCUUGCGAACCAUCAUGGAUCAAGCCGAUGCCAAAAAGCGUGACCAUGACUUCCUUUCGUCCAUCGAGGUCGUGUUAGUCGACCAUGCCGACGCCCUUCUCAUGCAAAACUGGGAUCACAUAAGCUUUAUCUUCGAGCACUUGAACCAGCAGCCGAAAGAAGCGCACGGCUGCGACUUUAGUCGUGUGCGCAACUGGUAUCUGGACAAUCACGCCCGCUAUAUCCGCCAGACCAUCGUGUUGUCCUCCUUCGUUACCCCCGAGAUCAACUCGCUCUUCUCUACCAAGAUGCAGAACGCCUCUGGCCGAGUCAAGAUGACACCAACCUACCAGGGCGCGAUCACGGAGCUCCCUCUCCCCGUCUCCGUGAAGCAAACUUUCUCCCGCAUCGACAGCCUCUCGCCGGCGAAAGACCCGGACGCCCGAUUCAAGCACUUUACCACAACUGUAUUAUCCACGCUCGUCAAGAAUAUCACCGGCGGACGCGGCAAGGGCCAAGGGGCGGGCACCCUGAUUUUCAUACCAUCCUACCUGGACUUUGUGCGGGUGCGCAAUCACUUCGCAACGUCGGCGCAGACGACGAACAUCUCUUUCGGCGCGAUCUCCGAGUACACCGAGGCGCGGGACGUCUCGCGAGCGCGUAGCCAUUUCAUGAACGGGCGGCACUCGGUCAUGCUGUACACACGGAGCCGUGUGGUGAUGUACGGCUUGCCCGAAAACCCGACUUUCUAUGGGGAAAUCGUCGGGUUCUUGGGUUUGGACCCGGCCGCAGUGGUCGAGGCUGCGGAGGGCGGCGUACGGGUGCUAUUUUCGAAAUGGGAUGCGCUGAAAUUAGAGCGGGUAGUUGGAACGCCGCGCAUGGGGAACAUGUUACGUGAGAAGGGCGGAGAUACAUUCACAUUUGUAUAA